AUGGAUGACGACGAUGCCGAUUAUAUGCAAGGCAGCGAUGAUGAGGACUACAACUUCGACUACUCUGAUGGGGAUGAUGGUGAGGAAGGGAGCGUGGACAUGGAGAACAUGUAUUACAAGGCAAAAUCAAAGAAAGAAGAUAGUCCUGAAGAUGCUCUGAAGGAAUUCUACGCGAUAGUAGAGAAAGAACCGGAGAAGGGGGACUGGGGAUUCAAAGCUCUCAAACAAUCAACGAAGCUGCUAUUCCUCACCCUCCAUCGACCAAACGACGCCCUUGAAACAUACACUCAGUUGCUCGGCUAUACAAAGUCUGCUGUUACCAGAAACUAUUCUGAGAAGACGAUCAACGGUAUCCUUGAUUAUGUUGGGGGUGGGAAAGGUGGACCAGUGGAGGUUGAUACCUUGGAGAAGUUUUAUCAAGUAACGAAAAAGGCCUUGGAGGACGCGAAAAACGAGCGUCUAUCCGCGAAAACAAACUUGAAACUGGCAAAGUUGUGGCUAGAUCGGAAAGAGUACAACCGUCUCUCCAAACUUAUACGCGAUCUUCACAUGGCAACUGGACCGGCUGGAGACGGAGAUGACCAGUCCCAACGCGGUACCCAACUACUUGAGAUGUAUGCCUUGGAGAUCCAGAUGUAUAACGAAACAAGAAACUUCAAGAAACUGAAGGAAAUCUACAACGCCACAAAUAAUGUACGGUCUGCAAUCCCCCAUCCGCGUAUUAUGGGUGUCAUCAAAGAAUGUGGUGGUAAGAUGUGGAUGGGAGAACGCCAAUGGAAUCGAGCAAGUGAAGACUUUUUCGAAUCUUUCCGCAACUACGACGAGGCUGGGUCACCACAAAGAAUACAAGUGCUCAAAUAUCUUGUGUUAGCCAACAUGCUUACGGGAAGCGAAGUCAAUCCGUUUGACAGUCAGGAGACUAAACCGUACAGGACCGACCCUCAAAUAAAAGCCAUGACCGACUUGGUCGAUGCCUACCAAAGGCGAGAGGUGCAUUCCGCAGAAAAAAUCUUGCGAGAAAACCAGGCGACCAUCAUGAGCGAUACUUUCAUCAGGUCCUACAUUGGCGAAUUGCUCCGCAGCUUACGCACGCAGUACCUGAUUGACCUCAUCAAACCGUACACCAGACUUGAAUUGUCAUUCCUUGCUAAGCAACUGAAUGUCCAAGUACAAGAAGUUGAAGAUCUGCUGAUCGGGUUGAUCUUGGAAGGUAAGGUAGAGGGUAGAAUCGACCAGGUGGGCAUGAGAUUAGAGCUUGAUCGGAAGCAGAGUCUGGAGAAGAAGCGUUAUGCCGCCCUGCAAAGAUGGACAGAUGCUCUCGAUUCCGUUCAUAGUGCGGUCGUCGGUAAAACCAGUUACAACACGAGAGGUGACUCAACGGGAAUGGCUGAAGCAUUUAUGCGGGAGGAUAGAUGGUGA